AAACUGGUUUUUGAACUAAGUGCAAGAGAUAUUAAGAACUAUAACAACCUUGAAAAACAAUAGCAACUUAAUAAACUAUAACUCACUUUCUAUGUGUCAAGCAGCAUAAUUUUAUACUAAAACAUUGAUAAAUGUUUUGUGAAAAAAAAUUAGAUUAUAUAAGACAAGUAACAAUUUAUUAUUAACUAUGGCUACAGGAAGAUAUAAUUACCUAACUGCAUCCGUCCAAAGUGUGAAACCAAGGAUUUUAUCACGUACAUUCGAGAAAGUUUUCAAAUACACCAAAGACCUAGCAGGCACAAAUCCAAUAGUGGUAUCACUUCCCAAUCCUGAACCAUGCACAUAUGGUCCUCAUGUUGAUGUAACACAGGCGAGAGUUGCAUAUGGUCGCUGGGGAAUUCCACUUCUGAUAAAAGAUUUGGAAAGCGAGGAUCCUGAUGUGGUUAGCAAAGCGAUCAACACACUGGCAGACCUCAUUCAUAAUCCAGAGAAAACAUUUGAGGCCAUCAGACAUAACAUCGUGGAACACGUGGCCGAGCUGAUGCUGGACGAAGAGCAGGAGGUGCGGGAGAGGUGCGCCUCCAUCGUGACGACCAUAGCGUCGCAAGGCGUGGGGCGCGAGGCCAUCAUCGACAACGAAGUGCUGAUCGACAACCUCAAGGAGCUGAUGAUGGACGACGCGGACGACGUGCGCCUGCGCGCCGGCGAGGCCCUGGAGAUGAUAUGCCGCUCAGUCGACGGAGCAUCUGCACUACUUGAUGCAGAUAUACUAACAUCCAUCUUGGAUGAUCUUCAAGACGAAUACAACGAUGAUGUGAUGCUGCUGCUGCUGCGGACUCUGGAGCACCUGCUGGGCGAGGAGCAUGCCGCGACCGAGGCCGUCGGUGUGGGCGUCAUCGACGUGCUGUGGCAGGCGCUGGACCACAGGCGCCCCGACGUGGUGGCGAUGACGGCCUCGUGCGUGGCCGCCGUGCUCGCCACCGCCGCCGGCAAGGAAGACGCCGAGACGCGCGACUACUUCAUGAUGUCCGUCGCCAGGGGCCUGCGGUCGCAGGACCGCAACGUCCUCACCAAGACCAUCACCGCCCUCCAGUUCUUCUCCGUGCACGUGCAGCCCAGGAAGGAGCUGCUGGACCUGGGCGUGCUGCCCAAGAUGGUGCAGCUGGCGACCAACCCGGUCGACAAGGAGCUGCAGAUCGCGGCCAUCAAGGUGGCGACCAACCUGGCGGAGGUCCCCGAGGGCAGGAGCUACCUGUUGCGGCGCCACAUCACCGAGCUGGAGCACAUGGGGGGCCUGGAGGACGAGGCCGUGGCCCGCCACGCCGCCACGCUCGUCAGGGUGAUCCGCUGGAAGCCGUAGCGGGCACCGGACAACAAUCAAUCCCGUGGAUUAAACUUGUUCAUCAGGG